AUGGCGCGCAGCAAGUUGCUCCUCUUUUGCGCGCUUGCCGCUGAGGUCGUUACAGCUCAUAGCCAUCAUCGUGAGGCGGAAGAUCUGCAGCAACCAGUCGUGGGCUGGACGCGAGAAGACCUGGAUGCGAAAUGGGGCACUGAUGUGAGUUUGGUCAAGUAUACAACAAGGCCAUGUCUGAUGGGAUGCAGUGGGGCUUCUCCGGAAUCAGUACAUUCGCCCACCUGGAGCAUUCCAGGUGUCUGCAAUAUCCAGAGACCGAGUACGACAUCGCGAUUCUGGGCGUGCCAUUCGACACAGCGGUAUCAUACCGUCCCGGGGCUCGCUUUGGCCCAAGAGCAAUCCGACAUGCGUCAGCACGACAGACGGCGUUUCGAGGCUACAACCCCAGGGCACACUUGAACCCAUAUCAAGAAUGGGCGAAGAUCAUUGACUGUGGUGAUAUCCCCGUGACGCCAUUCGACAACGCUCUUGCACUCAGACAGAUGACAGAAGCGUUCACGAAUCUCGCGCAUGCAAAGGCGCCAGCCGAGAACGCAAAAUCUACUAUUACGUACAGACAGACUCCUAAGCUUCUCACGCUUGGCGGCGAUCAUAGCAUUGCACUACCGACUUUGCGAGCUUUGAACAAGAUUUAUGGCAAUGUUGCGGUAGUUCAUUUCGACGCUCAUCUAGACACCUGGCAUCCUGCCAAAUAUCCAAAUGCGUGGAUCGACAAGGACGAUCCGAACGAGCAGAGUUUCUUUACGCACGGUACGAUGUUUUGGGUUGCGCAUAACGAGAGUCUGAUUAUGAAAGAUAAGUCGGUGCAUGCCGGCUUACGCACCCGUCUUUCGGGCCAAGGCGACAACGAGGAUGACGAUGCUCAAGGAUGGACCCGGAUUGCGUGCGACGACAUUGAUGACUUGGGCGCGACCGGCAUCGUGAAGAAGAUUGUCUCUCAGGUAGGAACUGAGACGCCUGUCUACCUAUCAAUCGACAUAGAUGUGAUCGAUCCAGGGCUUGCUCCAGGAACGGGUACUCCUGAACCUGGUGGUUGGACGACCAGAGAGCUGAUCCGCGUGUUGCGAGGCAUAGAGAGCUUGAAUGUAGUUGGCGCAGACAUUGUAGAGGUGUCGCCCGCAUACGAUGGAUCUGGGGAAGUAACAGCGUUGGCAGCAGCCCAAGUUGCUUUCGAGGUGCUCACUAGCAUGGUCAGGCGCGGAAUGCUGGAUCGCGGCGAGGCUGGCAGAGACGAGCUAUGA